AACUCAGAUGGCUGCUAGUGUUAUUUGUCUACACUUGUAAUCUGUUGAUUCUGGUGGGAAUUCAUUUCUCAUCAGAUUUUUUAAGCAAUCUGUGGACACUCUUCUACCUUUUUUUUGUGGCUUUGUUUUAGUUAUCCUCAAGUCCAAAUCUUUUCAUGUGUGAAACGACAAAUCCUUAAUAUACUUGGCUUCUGUGGGACUGGGUUCCACAAAGUUUGGAUUUUUUUCCGAUCUUUACCUGUAUUUAUGUAGCUUUUGGACUUCUGGGUUCACUCAUCAGCACACUGCACGCCAGAGAAAACGCUGAAAAAGAAGUGAUUUUGUUGCCAUGGACGAACCUCUUCUUCAAAAUGGAGGUGUUGAGGCUGUUUAUGUGAAGAAGACGUCUCUUUUUGUAUCAUCAGUCAAAUGGGUUCUCAAGUUUGUGAUGUGCGUGGUUUUUGUUGCUUGGAUUGCUUUCAUAUUUGUGUACCCGUCAGAAUUAGGUACCCAACUGUUUGAGAUAUGGAUUAAAGCCACCACUGGAACCGUUUUCGGUGUUACAGGGAGCAUAUUUUUGAUAUUCAGUGGACCAGUCCUUGUUAUUGCAUUUCUUUCCAUUAUGCAUCUUACUCUCUCAGGGGAAGAGGACCUCCCAAGGAAGAAGACUUCAAAAUAUCCGCGAUUUCGGUUGUGGACGUUUCCUGUGCUUGUGGAUGGACCAUUUGGAGUUGUAUCUGCGGCUGAGUUUGUUGGGAUUGUCCUGUUUGUUGUGUUCAUAAUUUGGGCUGUUUAUGCUUACACCAUGACUAAUUUCAGUACCCUAUCCAAGUUCCAAAUUCCUUCUAAAGAGAAAAGUCUUUUGAUGUUAGAAUUAUCUGGACUGCGCUUUGGUAUGAUUGGAUUACUUUGCUUGGCAUUUUUGUUUCUCCCGGUUGCAAGAGGUUCUGUUCUUCUCCGCCUGGUAGACAUCCCUUUUGAGCAUGCUACUAAAUAUCAUGUGUGGCUGGGACAUCUCACCAUGCUGCUUUUCACUCUUCAUGGGCUAUUUUAUGUUAUUGCAUGGGCUAUUCAAGGUCGUCUCCAAAAGGAACUACGGGCGUGGGCAAAUUAUGGUGUUGCUAAUCUUCCAGGAGUUAUCAGCCUUUUAGCUGGACUGAUGAUGUGGGUGACAUCACUUCAUCCUGUGAGAAAGCAGUUUUUCGAGUUGUUCUUCUACACGCAUCAGUUAUAUGUAGUCUUUGUUGUCUUCCUGGCACUGCAUGUUGGUGAUUUCAUUUUUAGUAUAGCUGCUGGAGGAAUAUUUCUUUUCAUACUUGAUCGCUUUCUGAGGUUCUGCCAAUCAAGAAGGACAGUGGAUGUACUUUCAGCCUCGUGCCUUUCCUGUGGGACUGUGGAAUUGGUUGUUUCAAAACCAGCAAGUAUGCGGUACAAUGCCCUCAGUUUCAUUUUCCUUCAGAUUCGAGAAUUAUCUUGGUUGCAGUGGCAUCCUUUCAGUGUCUCCUCUAGUCCUCUAGAUGGUAAAUAUCAUCUGUCUGUUCUCAUAAAGGUUCUUGGAGAAUGGACAGAGAAGUUAAGGGGAAAUAUUUUGAAAAUAUCCAAGGCUGAAUCCGAACAAGAGCUACUUAAUACCAAGAUAACAGCUUCUGUGGAGGGACCAUAUGGACAUGAAUUGCCUUACCACUUAAUGUAUGAGAACCUUAUCUUGGUGGCCGGUGGCAUUGGAAUUUCACCAUUCUUGGCUAUUAUAAGUGAUAUUCUCCACCGUGUAAGGGAACAGAAACCUUGUCUUCCAAGAAAGAUUUUGAUUGUUUGGGCGGUCAAGAAAUCAAAUGAGCUUCCUCUUCUUUUAAAUCUUGACAUGGAAUCAAUAUGCCCGUCUUACUCUAACAAACUAAGUAUUCAGUCUUGCAUAUAUGUCACACGAGAAUCAGAACCUCCAUUGGAGGAGGGUAUGCAUCACAAGGCUAUAAGCUCUUCAGUUUAUCGUGUCUCCAAUGGUUGUGGCAUGUCGGUUUUGGUUGGUACAGGAGAUAAUAUAUGGUCUGGGCUAUAUGUUAUCUCAUCUACGUUAGGAUUUAUUAUUUUGGUGGCUCUGUUGAAUAUCUUCUAUGUAAACCGCUUUAGCAUUGAUACAUGGUGGUACAAAGGCCUUCUUUUCGUAGUUUGUAUGGUUGCUGGUGCGCUACUAUUUGGAGGUUCUGUGAUUGGUUUAUGGCAUCUUUGGGGAAGACAAAAUUCUGAAAGGGAUGAAUAUAAGGAUGAUGGGAUAGAAGUUGACAGAUCACAGAAUGUUGAGACCGUGGCACCCAAAGAUAUCGAACCAGCGAAUCCCAACAGUUCAACUGUUUUUGUGUAUGGUUCAAGGCCAGACUUUGAAGAAAUAUUUGGAUCCGUAUCUAAAAAAUGGGGCAAUGUUGAUGUGGGUGUAAUCGUGUGUGGUCCACCUACUCUGCAGUCAAGUGUUGCAAAAGAAAUCCGAUCGCACAGUUUAUGCAGAGAGAAGCAUCAUCCAAUAUUCCAUUUCAACAGCCAUAGCUUUGAUCUGUAGCAGCUGCAUCUUCCUUCUAACUAUUACUACUCAAAAAAUGCAUACACCCUUCUGCGUAGCUUUGUAUAAAGAGCAGCGUAGCUUUGUAUAUAUGUAUGUGUAUAUAUAGGCUUUCAUUUUCGAAUAUGUUUUCUUAACCCACAUAUAUUUUACAUGUAGUUAUGGUUCAAUAUAUAUAAUAUAAAGAUAUGCUGUGCUAAAAAAUAA